AUUUCUGUAUCUAUUUUUAUUUCAUUAUUUUUUGUUUGCAUUUGAGAUGGCUUGAAUUGUAUUUUAAUAUUCAAAAUUCUAUUGGAUUCUAACUAUAAAAAUCAUGGAAAUAAUUCCAAGUCUUAAAGCUUUUCUAUCGGAGAUCAAUCUUAUUGUGAUAACUUUCAAAGUUUUUGAAUAGUUACUUUAGUGCUGAUCAGAAUUUUACGCUCAAGCGGCUAUUUAAAAUGAGUGAACAGUCUGUGGCCUCAGCUCGAGCUGCUGUUUUAAUAUAUGAUUCUAAUUUAAAGAAAUGGAUGCCCAGUGGAUCUUCUAGCGGAUUAUCCAAAGUUCAUAUUUACCAUCAUGUUGAAAAUAAUACAUUCCGUGUAGUUGGUAGAAAAGUCCAAGAUCAUGAAGUUGUAUUGAAUUGCUCCAUUCUGAAAGGUUUUAAGUACUUUCAAGCCACUCCCCUCUUUCAUCAAUGGAGAGAUAAACAUAGCCAAGUAUUUGGAUUGAAUUUCCAUUCCAGAGAUGAUGCUGAGACAUUUGCUUUAGCUAUGGAGAGAGUUAUUGAUAUUCUCGGUCAUAGCAGUAUGUAUUUGAGUAAUCGUUCUUCGCAUGCUCAACCAUUAUAUCAGACUAUUGGACAUAGUGGUGUUAGUAUUGAUGACUAUGCAGAAUACAGAGGAUGGGCAAAUAACGAAAAUGGAGAUAAAAAGUCAAAUACUUCAGAUUAUAGUUCCGGUUCUGAAUAUGGCCACUACAGAAGUAGCCAGGGUAACCAUUCCAGCCAUCCAACAACUCCAGGUUCUAUACCCUCCCCGAGUUCGUACAGUCAUCAUCGUACUUCAUCAGCACCAUCAGUUUCGCAGCAGCCGUUGGCGGUAGCUUCACCACAACCCUCUCCCCAAUCCAGUGUCCCUCCUCCUCCGCCACCCCCUCCUCCUGCCAAUUCUAGCAUAUCUGGGUUGGCAACAAUGCCAAGACUUCAUUUGAGACCAAGUGGAGAGCAAGAGAUGACAGAAACCUCUUUAGCGGCUGCUAUUGCUUCUGCAAAAUUGAAGAAAACGAUACCAAAGGCUUCAGAGGUUGUAGCAAAUGAAAAACCAGCAGCAUUGAAAGCAGCAUUGCCAUGCUUGAUGGAUGAAAUGACAAGAACUCUAGCUAGGAGACGAGCCCAAACUGAGAAUAGUUUAGAUGUUGAUAGCAUAAGCAGUGGUGAUAGCAAUAGAAGUUGGAAAAAUUCAUCCAAUGCUUUUAGUCCAAAUAGAAAUUCCGGAGAAGAUUCUCCUCAAUCACUAUUCAGAUCUGAAGUUGAAAGUGAAAAUAAGGGCCAAAUUGUAGUUGACAUGUUUGAAAUGGAAAAAAUGAAACAAGAAAUUUUAACAGAAAUGAGGACAGCUGUUAAUAAAAUGAAGCAAGACAUUAUAGAUGCUAUACGAAUGGAGUUAAAUAGGAGAUAAAAGAAACUUCAAAAAUUAUGGUGUCCAGUUUUAUAUUUUUGGAUCUUUCAGAUGUCUGUUUUUUAAUGUUAUGAAGGCAUUUCACCUAGACCUUUUUUGUAAUAAAACAAAAAGCAUGCCGUCUCAACAUUUAGAAGCAUAUAUAUUUUUCACACUGGAUACAUCAUCAGCUCUUGCCACUGUGUAUUAAGCGUGUUUUGAAAAUGUACUAGUGUUACAAUUUUUUUUUUUACCUGCAUACCAAAGUUUUUGAACUUUUUACACUGUAAAAAAAAUACUGUGAAGCAAUGUGUCCUUUUUUACACAUAUUUGUUUGUUGCUGGUGUCAUUUUAUCUAUUAGUUUUUUUUGUAAAGAGUUGAAUCAAAGACAGUCCAAGUAGUGUACUAGUUGCAAAUGUCUUAUUUAGCCAAACGUUUUUUGAACAAAUGAGAAUGAGUUAGUUCUCAAAUAAAUAAUGCAUGGACCCGUAUUGAGUGAUCUAAUUUGCA